AUGGAGAAACCAUGGAAAUGUGAGGACUGUGGGAAAGCAUUUCAUUCCUUGUCGAUGCUGGAGUUUCAUCAACACAGUCACAGCAGGGAGAGGUCGUUCACUUGUUCUGAGUAUGGGAAUGGAUUCCCUGAUUCACCUGCCCUGCAGAAACACCAGCAUGCUGCCACUGAAGAGUGGCCAUUCACCUGUUCAUUGUGUAGGAAGGAAUACCAUGAAUAUUUCACCCUGUUGAGACAUCAGCAAGUUCACGCAGGGAAGAGGCCAUCUACGUGUUCGGAGUUCGGGAAAGUAUUCACUCAGUUAUCCAACCUUCGUGCACACCAGCAAGUUCACACUGGGAAGAGGCCAUUUAUAUGCUUUGAUUGUGGAAAAGAAUUCACUCAGUCAUUAAGCCUGCUGAGACGUCAGCGAAUCCUACACGGCUCUGUAGCUGUAGAAAGGACCCCCAGUAUGGGCCAGGACUUUGCAGAAUGA